CAUCCGGCCAACGACAGCUGCGCGCAGUCCGUCUCGCCGCGCCGCCCUCUCCGUGUUGCCGCCUGCUCCACGGGCCGCCGCACCUUGGUUCGCGCCGUACAGCCAGCCGUCACACCCAGCGGCGACGAUGCGGUGGUGGCUGGUGGUGGCGCUGGUGGCGUGGUGCGCGGCGCCGGCGUGCCGGGCGCAGGCGUCGUUCCGCGACUACCGCGCGCUCAGCAGCAACUUCACGCGCCUGCUCGACACGCUGCUCGACAAGGAGCGCUACGACAAGCGGCUGCGGCCCGACCUCGGAGGACCUCCACUCAGCGUCACAGUGAACAUCCUCAUCAAAACCAUGAGUGAAGUCUCUGAGGGAGAUCAGCACUACACGCUGGACUGCUACUUCCGGCAGACGUGGACGGACCGCCGGCUCACGUUCGACUUCCCGGGCCUGGACGAGUUCUCGCUGUCGUGGCUGUUCCUGGACCGCGUCUGGAAGCCGGACACGUUCUUCCUCAACGGCAAGAAGUCGCACCUGCACCGCAUCAGCGUGCCCAACAAGUUCCUCCGGCUGCGCCACGACGGCCUCCUCACCUACUCCAUCAGGCUGACAAUCCAGGCUCGAUGUCCCAUGCAUCUUCGCAAGUUCCCACUGGACUCGCAAGCUUGCCCGUUGGUCAUUGGAAGCUACGGCUACCGGUCGUCGGACUUGGUGUACCGCUGGCUGGGCGGCAGCUCCAGCGUCGUGGCGGAGGGCGUCGAGCUGGCCCAGUACGACCUGGUGCGCGUCACCACCAAGGAGAACAUCAGCGUCUUUUUCGGCGACGACGAGUACUCGGUGCUGCGGUGCGUGUUCAGCAUGAAGCGGCGCACGGGCUACUACAUGCUGCAGGUGUUCCUGCCCUGCGGACUCAUCGUGUGCUGCUCCUGGGUCGCCUUCUGGAUAGACCCGGACGACGUGCCCGGCCGCGUCGCUAUGGGUGUGAUGACGGUGCUGUCGAUGGCCAACAUGGGGUUCGGAGGUCGCGCGCAGAUGCCGCGCGUCUCGUACGCCACGGCGCUAGACUACUUCGUCAUCCUGUGCUUCUCCUUCGUCUUCGCCGUCGUCAUAGAGUACGCCGCCAUAAACUUCAUCGACAAGACGCAGCUGGACGCCACUCGCAGCCAGAAGAUGAAGAAGCCCAAGAGCACUGCAGCACCUGAAGGACCUCCGGCAGUGCCUGCUCUCGUUGUCGAGCUGGCAAACGAGGGAACACAGAAGGGCGAAUCCGCGGGCGAGGACAGCGGCCUGGAGACGGACGAGUUGCCCGCACGCACGCAGCGCUCUGCCAGCCUCACGCACGCGCCCAGGGACUCCUCCGUUGACGCACCAGGCGGGUCGCUAAAGGCGCCAUCUGCUGCUGGUUUGCGGAGACGCAGUGAGGCGGCGCUGCUGUCGGUGCCCGGCCUCGCGCCAGUGCGCAGGCGCAGUGUGGCGGCCAUGGCGUCUCUGCGUGGCUCCAUCAUGGACCUGCGGAGGGCCGCCAGCUCGCUGCGGCGAGAGAAGGGCGACAAGUUCUCGCGCAUCGACAUGGCCGCGCGGAAGGCCUUCCCAGUCGCCUUUACCUCCCUGCUCGGCCUCUACUGGCUGCUCUACAUGUACUACGUCACCGACGAGCUGCCCCUCAAAGCUGCCGCCAGCCUGCUCAUGGGAGCACCCGUACCUGCCAACUGAUGUCCCCUCUCAUCACCUGAUCAACUACAUUCAGCACAUCUCGUACUGGCGUCUGCUGACAGGAGGAGUCUUCCCAGAGUUUGUGACUACAUGAUAUGUAGUUCUGCGGCGAUGAAGUCGACAAGUCCCACUCAGAAUGUUCGCCACUUAUGUGAUGACACUUGAGUAGCAACUGAGUAGAAAAACAGUGCCACUUCCGGCAGAAAACAAACGAUAUCAUUCUGCGCUCCCUGGUAACACCAGAAGACCACUAGUUACUGGUGGGUCCACUCUGUUACCUGAGUCUAGUUUUUAAUUCACUUGUGCUUACACCUACCUGAUUUUGGGGGAAGGAGAAGAGCUGAGUCCCAGAAAUUCUGUAUUUUCUGCUACUUUUUGCAUACUUAUACAUUCAUGUAAACAAGUGUCCUCUGAAACUUGCUGGCAGAUUAAAACUGUGUUCCAGACUGGGUCUCAAAGCUGGGACCUUGGUCGUUUGCGGGCAAGUGCUCUACCGACUGAGCUAUCCAAACAGGACUCACAAACUUGCCCCCACAGCUUUACUUUUGUCAGUAGCUCGUCUCCUACCUUCCAGACUUCACAGAAGUUCUCCUGCAUGUCUUGCGGGACUAGCUCUCCUGGAAGAAAGUCUAUUGUGGAGAUGCAGCACCGCCACAGCUUGGGGGUUGUUUCCCAUAAGGUAUGUAGGAGAAUUUGUGUAAAGUUUGGAAGGAAGGCCACUGGCGGAUGCAAAGCUACGAGGGCGGGUUCAUGAGUCAUGCUUGGAUUGCUUAAUUAGUAGAGCACUUGCAAAGGUCCCAGCUUCGAGUUCCAGUCUGGCAUACAGUUUUAAUUUUCCAGGAAAUUUCAAAUCAGUACACACUCUGCUACAGAGUGAAAAUUCAUUCUGGAGUGUUCUCUGCUUAUGUAUCAGCGGCAGUGACAGCAGUUUUUGCGAUCUUUGGAUUUAACAGUUACCUUUGCCAACAUCAUUUUUAAUGUUAAUGACAGGCUCAAGCUAAAGCGAUAAAAUGUCACUAUUCUUACAUUUUACCAUUAUUAUGUACAAAUAGCAGUUACUCUCUACAGGGUGGUCAGAAAAUGUGUGAAAUGCUUGUAGGGAUGUUACAGGGCAGGUUGUGCUGAGACAGAAAUGUUAAGAAAGAAAUUCGAUACGUUGCUCUGUUUCCGCGUCGCGCGCUCGCAUUCAAGCGGCCUGCCAGGGGCGGUGUUGCCCAGCGAGUGCUUUGUCUCGUUAGCUGAAACUUGAAUUUAUGCACGCGACGAUCUGAUUGGCUAACUUCAAUGCUAAAUAACUCGGAAACGGCGCAACGUAUCGAAUUUUUUUUUGUAACAUUCAUAUCUCAGUACAACCUGCCCUGCAACAUCCCUACAAGCGUUUCAGUCAUUUUCUCUCCACACUGUAUACAUAGGUUUGAGUUCUUAGAAAGAGAUGUUUUACUAAGUUUGCAAUUUGUAGUUACUAUAUGUCAGGCAUACAAGUGCCUCGCUCCUCGUAUCCAAGCUAGAGGACCACACAUGUUACUUCGUUUCACUUCACACAUUUCUAUUCCUUGAAAGCCUUCUUUUUUGAAAAAGUGUUUUAGCUGCAGAAAUAUCACAACAGUGCUUCCAAUGUAUGGAUUUUAGCUUUAGAGAUGUAUUUCUUUUUGUCAGUAACUGGCUCUACAACUAUACUAAUACAUGUAACAUUAUUCAGUUACCUCAAUGACUAUACUACACAAGGGUUCUUUCUGUAAUACGAAUUCAAUAUAAAAGUUGAAUUCCUCACAUUUCUUAAAUCUACUAGAUAUGAAGGUAAAUAUGUUUUGCAUAACUAAAAAAGAAACAGAAAUAGUGUAAUAUAUGAUUUUCUGUUUACACAAGAAUUACAUAUUUCAUCAUUAUGUAUUAAUAUAUUUUUGUGCAACAACAAAUAUAGAUAACAGAAUAUAUAUAGUAUCAUACAUG